CCAACGUCGGCUCUCGGGCGGGCGGCGCGGGCCCUCCCACUGUCUCCCGCGCCGCCUCACCGUCCUGGCCCUCGCUUCACCCCGACGCCCCGGUGUGCCCGUCCUCCCGCCGGCCUCUGGCCGGGCGCUUCCGCCUGCUCCGCCGCUGCUUCUCGCGGCCCCAGCUUGCGUUCACUCUGUCGCCUGGGCCAGCGCGGCCGCGGGCAACCGCUCCCCCUCCCACACCUACCCCGCCCCCUCUCUGCUUUUUCCGUUCUCCGGUCCCCCUCCCUCGGCCCGCAGCCGCAGCUCCAGAUGAGGUGAUGGCAGCGUCCAACUUCGGCAAGAUCCAAAUCGGGAUUUACGUAGAGAUCAAACGGAGCGAUGGUCGAAUACAUCAAGCAAUGGUAACAUCUUUAAAUGAAGAUAAUGAAAGUGUAACUGUUGAAUGGAUAGAAAAUGGAGAUACAAAAGGCAAAGAGAUUGACCUGGAGAGCAUCUUUUCACUUAACCCUGAUCUCGUACCCGAUGAAGAAAUUGAACCCAGUCCGGAAACACCUCCACCUCCAACAUCUUCAGCCAAAGUAAACAAAAUUGUAAAGAAUCGUCGGACUGUGGCUGCUAUUAAGAAUGACCCUCCUCCAAGAGAUAAUAGAGUGGUUGGUUCUGCACGUGCACGGCCUAGUCAACUUCCUGAGCAGUCUUCCUCUGCACAACAGAAUGGUAGUGUUUCAGAUAUAUCUCCAGUUCAAGCUGCAAAAAAGGAAUUUGGACCCCCUUCACGAAGAAAAUCUAAUUGUGUGAAAGAAGUAGAAAAAUUACAAGAAAAGCGAGAGAAAAGGAGACUGCAACAGCAAGAACUUAGAGAAAAGAGAGCCCAGGAUGUUGAUGCUACAAACCCAAAUUAUGAAAUUAUGUGUAUGAUCAGAGACUUCAGAGGAAGUUUGGAUUAUCGACCAUUAACAACAGCAGAUCCUAUUGAUGAACAUAGAAUAUGCGUUUGUGUAAGGAAACGACCACUCAAUAAAAAAGAAACGCAAAUGAAAGAUCUUGAUGUAAUCACAAUUCCUAGUAAAGAUGUUGUGAUGGUACACGAACCAAAACAAAAAGUAGACUUAACAAGGUACCUAGAAAACCAAACAUUUCGUUUUGAUUAUGCCUUUGAUGACUCAGCUCCUAAUGAAAUGGUUUAUAGGUUUACAGCCAGACCACUUGUGGAAACUAUAUUCGAAAGAGGAAUGGCUACAUGCUUUGCCUAUGGGCAAACUGGAAGUGGAAAAACGCACACUAUGGGUGGUGACUUUUCAGGAAAGAACCAGGAUUGUUCUAAAGGGAUUUAUGCAUUAGCAGCUCGAGAUGUCUUUUUAAUGCUAAAGAAGCCGAACUAUAAGAAAUUAGAACUUCAAGUAUAUGCAACCUUUUUUGAAAUUUAUAGUGGAAAGGUGUUUGACUUGCUAAAUAGGAAAACAAAAUUAAGAGUGCUAGAAGAUGGAAAACAGCAGGUUCAAGUGGUGGGAUUACAGGAACGCGAAGUUAAAUGUGUUGAAGAUGUACUUAAACUCAUUGAUAUAGGCAACAGUUGCAGAACAUCCGGUCAAACAUCUGCAAAUGCACAUUCAUCUCGGAGCCAUGCAGUAUUUCAAAUUAUUCUUAGAAGGAAAGGAAAACUCCAUGGCAAAUUUUCUCUCAUUGAUUUGGCUGGAAAUGAAAGAGGAGCUGAUACUUCGAGUGCAGACAGGCAAACUAGGCUUGAAGGUGCUGAAAUUAAUAAAAGCCUUUUAGCACUCAAGGAGUGCAUCAGAGCCUUAGGUAGAAAUAAACCUCACACUCCUUUCCGAGCAAGUAAACUCACUCAGGUGUUAAGAGAUUCAUUCAUAGGUGAAAACUCUCGUACCUGCAUGAUUGCCACAAUCUCUCCAGGGAUGGCAUCUUGUGAAAAUACUCUUAAUACAUUAAGAUACGCAAAUAGAGUAAAGGAGUUUGGAAUUAGUCCAUCAGACAUUCCCUUCUCACAGGGUAGUGGCAGUCGCCCUGAUCUCUCUCCUUCUUAUGAGUAUGACGACUUUUCUCCUUCGAUUACCAGGGUGAAAGAAUUGACUGUGGAUCCAACUGCUGCUGGUGAUGUUCGUCCAAUAAUACACCACCCACCAAAUCAGAUUGAUGACUUAGAGACACAGUGGGGUGUGGGGAGUUCCCCUCAGAGAGAUGAUUUAAAACUUCUUUGUGAACAAAAUGAAGAAGAAGUUUCUCCACAAUUGUUUACUUUCCAUGAAGCUGUCUCACAAAUGGUAGAAAUGGAAGAACAAGUUGUAGAAGAUCACAGAGCAGUGUUCCAGGAAUCUAUUCGAUGGUUAGAAGAUGAAAAAGCUCUCCUAGAGAUGACGGAAGAAGUAGACUAUGAUGUAGAUUCAUAUGCUACACAACUUGAAGCUAUUCUUGAGCAAAAAAUAGACAUUUUAACUGAGCUACGGGAUAAAGUGAAAUCUUUUCGUGCAGCUCUACAAGAAGAAGAACAGGCCAGCAAGCAAAUCAAUCCGAAGAGACCCCGUGCCCUUUAAAUCUGCAUUGCUGCUAAAGGAUCCCAGAACCUCAUUACUUCAGCAAGCAGUGGUUCAGCUGUAAGGGCCAUUUGAAAGUUUGAAAUUUUAAGUGUCUGUGGAAAAUGUCUUGUCCUUCACAUGAAUGACAUUUCAAUUCUGUGAAACACUCCUUUGUCUACAAAAUGCUUCCAGUCCAGGAGGCACAACCAAGAAUUGGGAUUGGUGAAGCAUUUUUGUUUCAUUUAUGCAAAUAAUAUUUUACUUUGGAGAACAUUGCCAAUUUUAUUUUCUAUAUGAUGAAUUAAAGAUUGUGGACUUGAUCCACAGGUAGUUGGGGAAAACCACAGCAUUUCCUUUUAACUCUGUUCAAUUUUUGUAGCAAGACUGAGCGGUUUUAAAUUCUUUACGUGCAUGCUUACCUCAUCAGUAAUUGUACAUACCUUGCCCUCUCUCGGAGACAGCUGUGCUCACCUCUUCCUGCUUUGUGCCUUGACUAAGGCUACUGACCCUAAAUUUCUGAAGCACAGCAAAGAUAAAUUACAUUCCUUAUUUGUCAUUGUAAAUUACCUUUAUUGUGUGUACAUUUUUACUGUAUUUGAGACAUUUUUUGUGUGUGACUAGUUAAUUUUGCAGGAUGUGCCAUAUCAUUGAAUGGAACUAAAGUCUGUGACAGUGGACAUAGCUGCUGGGCCAUUCCAUCUUAUAUGUAAAGAAAUCUGGAAUUAUGAAUUUUAAAACCAUAUAACGUGGUUAUAAUUUCUUAGCUUUUUUUCUUUGUAAAGAACUAAAAUAUAAACUAGUUGGUGUAUAAUAAAAAGUAAUGAAAUUCUGAGAAGAGUUUUAUCUUAGGAUAAUACAUAUAUAUGCAGUGUGUGUUCCAGUGUUGUAUUAACAAGACUAAUAGUGCAAUUUGAUCCUUACCAAUACCAUUACUUAAGUUGAAGUAUCCAUUAGCAUCCAAAAAUGUAUCCUUUUAAUGUUCUGUUAAAGGAAUUGGCUUCUGCUGCAUGAACAUUUACAUGUACAUUGAAAAUAGUCCACAGUAGAGCUGUUAGUUCAAGCCAAGUGUAAACAGUACCUUACAACCUUAAUAAUUCAGCUAAAAAAAAAAUUGAUUUUGCCUUAAAAGGCAGAGAUCUAACCCAAGCUUCAUCCAAACCUAAUAUGUGAUGUUUCACCUUUAUAUGGGGAAAAUCAAGAAAUUCUCACCAGUAGAUUGUUGUAGGGUAUGCUACUUUUCUAAAUGGCAGCACUUAUUUUUACAGAUUGCUACUCCAGGGAAGAAAAACUGGCCACUUCUCAUGUAAAUAUUUUGUUAAAAGAUUUAUAUUUCUCUCUAGGAGUUUUCCCUCAGUUCUCAAGAUAGCAUCCAGGAGUAGAUUAACUGUAACAACAAAAAAGACUCCCAAGGAUAUCCUUUUUUGAUUUACUAUAGGGAACUAUUAGCUCAUUCUUAUGGGCCCAAAGGAAAGCUAUGAAUAGAGAGUCUUAUGAGCCAGAUACUCCACUGUUCAUAGAAAUCACAUGGUAGUUGUGAGAAAUCCUAACACCACAGUAAAAAGCUCCUGCUCUGUAAACAUGAAAUCUAAAACAAAUGUAGAUUUUUCAAUGUGAUUAUUAAUAAAUCUGUGGAAU